AUGACGAUGGUGAUGGUGAUGAUGGUUUGCUUGACAGCGGCAAACGUAGCACGUGGGCAACCGAAGCCCGGGUGCUCAGGCAGCUGUGGCAAUCUCACCAACAUUCCCUACCCUUUCGGCACAUCUCUAGACUGCUCUUUCGACGAAACCUUUGUGAUUUCUUGCAAUGACACCACAUAUCAAAAUGGAGGCCAUCACAAACAAGCAUACUUCCCCAACAGCUUCAUACCCAUCACCAACAUAUCACUCAGAGAUCACGAAUUGCGAGUGUCCGGUCCCAUCGCCCGAGACUGUUACUACGCAGACAACGAGGAGUACGACCGCCACGCCGAGGUUGUCAUGCGAACUAACUCUAAAUUUCCAGUCUCAAGCAAGCGCAACAUGUUGGUCGCUGUCGGGUGCGAAGCAAUCGGGGCCAUUGAAAGCCCGAUAAAUUACGAUGCCUUGUUGAAUAAUGCAAACUUGAGCAGCUCCUCCGUGGGGAGGAUGAGAGCUGGAUGUUUGUCACUUUGCAGCCAAGUAGAGGAAGUGAAGAAUGGGACUUGCUCUGGAGCUGGGUGUUGCCAGAUAUCCAUAGCAGACGGCGUCAUAGAUUAUUCUCUCAUGGCUGAAAACUUGUUCAACCAUUCCGACUUCAACCCCUGCGAUUAUUCUUUCGUUGUGGAAGUGGGCGCCUACAGCUUUUCGUCUCUGGAUCUUGUAGACCUGCAGAAGAGAGAGUCUUUUCCUGUGGUGCUCGAUUGGGCUGUCGGGAAUUACCAGUCUUGUGAACAAGUCAAUGACAGCAGUACUGCAUGCCAGUCAAGGCAUAGCGAAUGCUACAAUUCAACCAACGGCCCUGGCUAUCGCUGCAAAUGCCUGGAGGGUUUUCAAGGCAACCCUUACCUCGUUGAUGGCUGCCAAGAUAUUAACGAGUGCGAGAUUCGGAACCUCUGUGUUAGCCAAGCGACAUGCCACAACAACGUUGGAGGCGUAGAAUGCCGUUGUCCAAAGGGAUACAUUGGAGACGGCUUGACAAGUGGAAAAGGUUGCAUCCUAAAAGAUGAUAAAUAUCUAAGAUUUGCUAUUCCAAUGGGUUUUUGCCUAUGCCUUUUGGCGGUUCUUAUAGGAGGUUUGUGGAUCUACUGGGGACUGAAGAGAAGAAGGUUCAUGAAGCUCAAAGAGAAAUUCUUUAGACAAAACGGUGGCCUUCUGUUACAACAACAGCUCUCUGAUCAUAAAGGAUCCAUUGAGAUGAUUAAAAUUUUUACUGCAGAGGAGCUCAAGAGGGCAACCAAGAACUAUGAUGAGAGUAUGGUGCUUGGCCAAGGAAGUUUUGGAACAGUUUACAAAGGAACUCUGCUAGAUAACAAGGUGGUUGCCAUUAAGAAGUCCAAAGUCUGCGACAAGAAUCAAAUCGAGACUUUCAUUAAUGAGAUGAUUGUGCUUUCUCGAGUCAACCAUCGCAAUGUCGUCAAGCUUUUAGGUUGUUGUUUGGAGACAGAAGUGCCCCUGCUCGUUUAUGAGUUCAUCACAAUGGGACACUGUACAGCCACAUCCAUGACAGGAGCCAAGAUUCUUGCUCAGCACUUUCAUGGCAACUGCGUCUUAAAAUUGCAACAGAAAUUGCAGGGGCACUUGCCUACUUGCACUCUGAAACUUGUAUACCUAUCAUACACAGAGAUGUCAAGACUGCAAACAUAUUGUUGGACGAGGAUUACAUAG